AUCUACGCUCCAUCCAUCUCCGUCUCCACACGUAGGCUUCACCGGGGAAGCAUAUAUACAUGGUCUCCACGGGCAUGGCUGCGGCCGCCCUCCUGGCCGUUGCGGCGCUCCUCGCCGUGGCGGGGGCAGCGGCGGCUCCCCAGGAAGCCCAGUGCUGGCAGUGCUACACCUCCUGCAUGCAGCAAAAGUGCAACGGCUACCGGGACGCCGCCGCCGUUGACAACACCGCCUACGUCCCCGUCAGCAACUUCACCGGCGGCACUGCAGCCACGGUGCGCCCCGCCGAUGGUGGUGCCCACGUCGCCGGCUGGAACGAGAACUACUGCAAGUGCAACAAGGCGUGCAUCGUGGACUGUUACAAGGCCCUGCCGCCGGUGUGCUACCAGAUGUGCGUCUCCGAGACCUGCGCCAAGCUGCCACCAUGUAAACAGGCGGAAUGCUACAAGGCAUGCGGGGAGAAAUGCUACCACAAGCAGCCGAGCCCGGGCCCGAAGCCGCCCAGCCCGAACCCAGGCCCGAAACCACCGAGCCCGAACCCAGGCCCGAAGCCGCCCAGCCCGAAGCCGACGCCGCCGAAGCCCGCGCCUCCGAACCACGGCGGCACUCCACGGACGCCUCCCGUGCCGCCGAAGCGGCCGUGCCCAUGCCCUCCUAGUGCCCCGAAGCCGAAGCCGAAGCCGAAGCCAUGUCCGCCCAAGCCCAAGCCGAAGCCGCCGUGCCCGCCAGCGGGCUCGGUAUCCGCGUCGAAGAAAAUCAGCGACAACUGAUGGGUGUGCUCAGUGCACUCAUCAAGUAGAGCUCGUGAUUGUGUGAGUAUCGAUAUAGAUAUUCUAUGAGGUUACUCUAUACUCUAUAGAUAAUAAACAAGUAAUCCAUCGAUCGGCUCUAACUAAGCUGGGUAUACUAUAUAGAUCAUGUGUACUGAAUGUCCCAUCUAUGUAUGUACGUAUUGUGUAAUGAGAUUAAUGUGAGAAUAUAUUUAUCUCCUAUACGU